GGGAGGGGGCGGGGGCUGGGAUGCCCCACGGCGGUUAGGCCGGCCCUCUGCCCCGUCCGUCGCCAGCCAUGGAGGUGCCGGGCAUCGGGCAGCAGGAGCCGGGCGCGGCCGCCGCCCCCCGCGAGGAGAUCGACCUGUCCCUGGAUGACAUCAUCAAGCGUAACCAGAAGGCCCAACCGAACCGGAAACCCUGGCGGCCCCAGCUGAAGACCCGGAACCCGGUCUCUGGCAACAGGAGGCCUCGAUUCCAGAACUGGGGACCACCAACCCUGCCAGGCUCUAGCAGAUUUCCCAAAGGAUUUAGGAAGCCACCCUGGGCCAGGAAGCCUUUCUGGAGCAGGAUGAGCACCCCAGGCCCAAGAGCAGCGGGGCAGAUGCAGGGCAGGAGCCCCCUCAACCGGCCAGCCUUUGCCCAGCAGGACAAGCCAGGGACAGGCCCCGCAGGCAGGAGCGGUGAUGGAGCCCCCCAAGACUCUCAGCCAGAAGCACCCGCAAGAGCCAAAGCCUUCCGAACAGCAGGGACAACAUUUCGGAGACCCUUCCGAUUAAAUCAAGGACGAGCCUUCCGCCAGAACCAGGUCAAAUUCAACUUCAACCAACGGCAAAUCAAGUCCAAGAUGGAGCAGAGAGUUACACGGGUGAGAAGAUGGAGAACGCAGCCCAGUUCCGGAGCUGUCCUGACAGUCUCGGUGUCCAACCCCCAGGCUGGCCACCCCCAGGGGCCAGGACCGAAGCGCCCCUUCCUGAGAAGGCGGAACAGCCAGAACCCGCAGCUCCGCUGGCAGCCGAGAGGAGUGAUGCUAAGAUUCAACUUCCGGGCUAUGGCUAACCAGACCAGCGUGACCCUGAACGAGCGAUUUUCUGGACUGAGGCACAAACGCCAUUUUUCAGCAGAACGCAACAUCAGCCGGAUGGUCACUCUGCCGUAAGCCUCUUCCUCGACGGGACCAGGCCAAAGCUGGAAAGAGGUCAGCCCUCCAAGGCCACCAAUUGCCUGGGACUACCUGGGGAGGUCCCUCACCAACUGCAGCUUGGGAGGAGUCUUCUCAAUGGAGAUGGUGACCUCCAGAGGUCCUUCCUUCACCUGAGCAGUGUCUCCAUAGGCCAAGUCUAAAGGCACCUGCUGAGGAAGAUCUCCAGCUCUUGGUCCUCCCCCGGAGAAGGCUUUUUCCUCAGCAUCUGGUAUCUGCAUCUCUGCCUCUUCAUGGCCUCACGUGGAUGGGAAGGGAAGUCCUUGGUUACCACCCAGGGUCACCCUUGUGACUCAACUGAACCCAGAAUUCCAACGGUUGCUUGUUUCUUUCUGUGUUUGGCCUGGAAAGCACUUUUUCAGACCUGUUUUGAGGCACCCACAUCCACAGGACGAUGACAUCACCUCUAUCAUGCAGUCCUUCUGCAAAUGAUUUAAAUGGUGCCAUUUACAUAAAUCUCAUUGGGGGUGAGGAAGUCGGGAUGUCUGACCUCAUCACCGUGUCUCCUGGAUGCCUAUACUUGGAGGAGUGGGUCAAAUUUUAGCAGACUUUAUUCUUAGAAGGAAUAAAGCCAUUUUAGAAUCUGAA